AGAAGAAGAAGAAGAAGAAGAAGAAGAAGAGAUUCUGACCAAUCACAGUUUGAGAUGUCACACUUCCUGUCUCUCACUCUUCCUGUGGGCAUGGACGUAGACAGCUGGCGUCUCUGUACUGUACGUGUUGGCCAACAUAUUUGAACCUUCCAGGCUUUUAUGAGCAGCUCCACAAAGAAAUAUCCACCAUGGCGUCUCGAGCAGGUCCGAGAGCAGCAGGCACAGAUGGCAGCGACUUCCAGCACCGAGAGCGGGUUGCCUCACACUACCAGAUGAGCGUUGCCUUGAAGUCUGAAAUCCGUAAACUCAACAUUGUCCAUCUUCUGAUCUGGUUGCUGAUGGCGGCUCAGGUAACCGUGAGCCAGCUGAGCCUCGUGUCCCACAAGGUGGUGGCCUCCCCUUACCAGUGGGAGUACCCCUACCUAAUAAGUAUAAUCCCCACAGUCUUCAGCUUCUUGGCGCUGCCCCGCAACAACAUCAGCUACCUGGUGAUUUCCAUGAUCAGUGCCGGGCUCUUCUGCGUCGCCCCACUGAUCUAUGGCAGCAUGGAGAUGUUCCCGGUGGCACAGCAGCUCUAUCGUCACGGCAAAGCCUACCGCUUCAUCUUCGGCUUCUCUGCUGUAUCGGUCAUGUACCUGGUGAUCGUCAUCGCCGUGCAGGUGCACGGCUGGCAGAUCUACUACAGCAAGAAGCUGCUGGACCAGUGGUUCACCACCACACAGGAGAAGAAGAAGGAAUGAGUUGUGAAAGUGUAAGUGUGCGUAGUAGCACCGAUAUCCUCUGCGGGUUUGUAGGCCCUUGUGGGCAAAGAUCUUGGAGCUGAACUGGUGAAUGAGCCACACAAGACUAAGAGAAUAGACUCACAAGUGAGAUUGUACUUGUGCCAACUUUUUCUGGAUUUAUAUUUGACAGUUGUUCAACUGUUGACUGAGAAUGAGUCCUUUGGACAGCUUGAGACUGCCGCCACCACCCUGUUCAUGAAUCUGUCUGGCAUCUCAUCAUUAAUAAUAGCAAAUUGUAAAAAGUUUUGUCUGUUUCUCAUUAUUUCAGGUAUUGACAAUGUUAACACGCCAGGGACAAGACUGUAAUUAUGUGUAAGUUGAUGUUUUGGAGACAAAUCAAAAAUAAAUCUUGAUAUCA